AUGGACGGACCUGACACCCUUCGCCCGCCCCGUCCCUUGCGCUCCGUCCCCGCCGUCCCCGACUUCCCCCAGCUCAACACCACUGAUCUCCUCUCCUCUCCCGAACUCGAUGACGCCCCCUUCGCCACUCCGCUCGCCUCUCCGCUCGCCGAAUCUCCCAUCCAGGACGCACCGCCCGACGACGAAUCUCUCUCUGCUGCCGCGGCCAUUCCCCUCCCCGCUACGCCGACGUUCAACACCGAGCUCACCCCCACACGCGCGCACUAUCUCAAGAAGGAGCUCAUCCAUCUCGAGUUCCGGCGGGAGCUUGACGCACUCGUCACUGCGCCUACAAACAAUAUUUCCACCUUCUCCUACCUUGGCAAACCAUUUACCCACCACCGAAAGAUGCGCCCCAUCUCGACCUCCCCCUUCCUUGCCUCUCUUCUCUCCCGCAAUCUCUCCCCCACCUCCGUCCUCGACGAUAAUCCUGAAGACUCCGAAGAGGCCGCCCGCCAUCGAAUGCUCAUCCGGGUGGAGCGCAACCUGGCCAUGUUGCUCACAAGCGCGACCAAGCUCAUCGAGGGCGAGGAGGUCGUUCGUCUCACCCAAGCCGAUCUAAAUCGUCUCGAGGCUCUGGCGAAGAAGCGUUUGGCUCGGGAGAGGAAGCUCAAGGAUAGCUUCGAUGAAUUCAUCAUCCGCACUCGCCGCAGAGCACAACCAGAUGUCUUCGUUUCUCGCCGUUAUGGCGACUUUAGGACUCUUGCUGACGAGCUACACAAACAUUACCCCGACGAAGUCAUUCCUCAGCCUCCUGCGAAGGACCGCAGCUUCGUCAAUGUCACCGUUUCCUCCAUACCAUCUACGCCGGCGUAUCCCACCGGAUAUCCGUCACCACCGCCUACCGCAUCAACUGCCUCCCACCUACCACCACCAUCACCAUUAUCGCAGUCUCGGUUCAGACCACCACCCCCGGGCAGUCCACAUGCGCCACAGCUGGGACGCAGUAACACAAAGGGGACUGUUCGGCAGAGGAUGGUCGGCGACUUCUACGACACCGACCACAACUCCAGCAGCGAUUCUUUCAGUGUAGGCUCACCCACCAGCCCUUUCUUCGGUAACGGUACAAACGGUACUAAUGGUGGCAUGGCACAACAAGCAGCACGACUGUCGAGAGAGAAGAACAGGCUGACAUUGCGGUCGUACCUUCACACCCUACUCUCGUCUUCCACUUUCUCGUCCUCCCCCGUGUUGAAGUCAUUCCUGCUCAGCGGCCCGACGAGACUGUCUGAGGAGGAAUUGGCCGACGCUAAAAGACGCGAGGAAGCCGACAGGAUGAGGGAAGAUGGACGCAUGCGCUUUGCCAAGGAGAUAACCGCCCGUGUAGACAGUCUGCGAGACACCGUACGCGGUGUUAAGGGCGAGCUCAUGGGACGAGAUGGACUGACACACAUAUUCGCUACGAUCAAGGAGAACCCAGACGUUCGUAACCUUCCUCCAAGCUACCAAGCCGUUCUUGAGUGGGCGCGAAUCUCCAACCCAAUGGCCAUGAUUCGCGGUGUUCUUGAUCUGUUUCUUGCACAGCCGUUCGGCGGCCGCAGCUUGUUGCAGCGCAUGUUCACGGGAUCACUCAUGGAAGAAGUCCGUGCUCUGCAAGAGGACAUUGAAGCCGUCAAGGAAAAGGUUGAGGACCCCGUCAUGUGUGAGAAGGUCCGUCUGUACGUCUAUGCGCCCCGAGAGAUCCAAGCUGUAUACAAGCCGAUGCAGCUGCUGAGAACAUGCAUGUUAUCGCCGUUGUUCUGCGAGCGGGAGACCAUCCGCCACUCUCGCGGGCACAACUUCAACGCGUCAUAUUCCGAUGAUGACGAAGGUCCGCAAGACGAGGAGGCCUGGUUAUUUGAGGAUUUGAGUCUUCUCGCAAAGCUGUAUGCACGCCUCAAGGAUCGCGAACAGUUAAUUGAGCUCAUCUUCGAGGGUACGACCGCCGAUUUGUUGAAGGACAUCAUCACUAUCUUCUAUGCCCCACUCGCCCAAGUCUACCGCGCCGCAAGCAUCGCCGACUCCUUGGGGGACAUGCAGAACUUCAUGAACGACCUCAUACGGACCGUGGAGCAAUCAGAAGAAUACCGACCCGCGAAGACGGUGCAAACCUUCAUUGAUCUGAUCCAACGCCACGAACAAUCGUUCUACAGUUUCGUUCACAAGGUCCACUCCAAGGGUGAAGGUCUAUUCACGAACCUGAUGCGGUGGAUCGAGCUCUUCCUCAAUCUUAUGCGCGAUGGCAUCGGAGACCGUAUAUCGCUGGAAUUUCUCCUUCCACACGCCGGCAACGAGCGCGAGACUGUGCUGAAGGAGGUCGACGAGAUCGCGUUAUACCACUACAAACUGAAGGUCGCUUAUGAGGCCAAGCUCCGUAGGCGAUUUGGCCGCACGCAAGGCAUGAACGACGCCGACGCUGAGGACGAGGCUACUGCCCAGCUCGUCAAUGGUGUCGUUCGGGACCUCAGCUUCGGGGAUGUGGUAGAGGGCGACGCCGAAGACCUAGCAGCGCAGGACGCCGACGACGACGACGACGACUCCAGUGACGAGUACGAAACGAGCUCCGGCUCAGGCACUCGGGUCUGGAUCGGAGCCGACAGCGACUCUGGCGAUGACGAUGACAGUGACGGUGGCGAGACCGAGCGCGACGCGACACCUCAUCCCGAACACCGACCCUCCGCUCCGCACACCCGCUCCAACACCAUCGGUCACUCACCUGUCUCCCCGAAGCCUUCGCGAUCCCCCCACAAUCUCCCCGAUAUCGCCUCGCACACGGCCACGCACCCUCGCCAUCGCGCCUGA